AUGGCCGGUUUCGUUCCGGGGGUUGCGGUCGUCAAGGAAGAGGCGGAGGAAGAGGCGAGGGCAGAGGAGGAGGCAGAGGCGGCGGCGGCGGCGGCGGCGGCCGCCAAGGCACGAGUUGAGGAAGCGGCCCACUCCAAGGCUGGCAACUUGCCCACUUGCUUCUUCCUGGCUACCAGCGCCAAGUGCACCAAAGAUUACGAGGGCGACUACAAGUGGGUCAUCGAGCUAGAGAAGGGUUGGUGUGCCUGGAUGCCGGGCAACGAGCCCUUCUAUGGUGGCACCGACGCGCCGAUGCGCUACAUCUUGGGGCGCUAUGAGUUUGAGGUCCACUUUGAGAGCGACAGCAAUGGCACGCAGACCAACCUCGCAACUGGCAAGGUCCGCCGCAUCCAGAAGAUCACAAAAAACGAGCCCAUGCCUACCUGGGAGGGCACCGGCAUUCGGCGGCGGCCGGAGCUUGCCAAGGCGCCGUCUGCGGCCGCCUCGAACUUCCGGCGGGACGGCGCCGCAUCGCCGCAGGCUGCCCCGAUGAAGCCCAAGAUCCCGACGCGGCCCGCAGUAUCGCAGAGUGCCUACCAGCCGGUGACUCCAGCGCCCAAGGCAGUCAUGGCAACGCCCUCGGCGCACAUGGCGCAAAGCACGUGGCCGCAGGUGCCCCGCUACAUGCGGCAGCUGAAGUCGAAGGUGUGA